UACAUAUCAUCAUUGCUUCGCGGGAUGUCAUCUUUCUUUUGGUCUGUUUAACACGCUUUCAAAGCUUGGUUCUGAUGCACCCACUCCCACAGAUUCUAGCAGAACUAUCUGCCGCACCUUGGAGCACCCGUUUCCUGGCUACCGAGGAUAUUAACGUGCUAUCAAGAAGCAUGCUCGUGAUCUCUUAUGUUGCUCCGGGUUCUGCUCUAUGCCCCGCAUAUAUCGGCGGGGCUCACACAGUUACUGACGUAGGUUAUCUGCUUCCUGGCGAGACUACUGUAUAUGCAUAGUACGGAACCACCCUCAAGGCUAGAAUUCCCACUCUUAUCAUCUAUGGGACCCAGAUUGUAUAAGUACUCUGGCGCCGUGGUCUUGGAACCAGGAGCAAUUUAUUGGACAAUG